GUCCCACUCCUGCAGUUUUUUUUUUCCUCGGGCUUAAAGAGAAAGACUUGGAGAACCCGGCUAAAACCGAACAGGACUGCUGCGGGCUGAAUGCACUCAACCCAACGAGGACGCGACACCCACGACGUCUCUUUGACACAGGGUCGACUCAGAAACAGGCGAUAGACGGAAAAUGUGAAGAUCCCCAUUUGUAUUGAAGAAGUAACCGGGAAAGAUGGCGAGGACGCAGACUCGCGUGUUCGUCGCCCUGGCUUUGCUGGGAACUGUCUGUCUCGGUGUCUCCGUGAAAGGCGAGCAACAGGAGGAGGAGGAGAGGUCCUGUCAGGGCGCCUUCGACCUUUAUUUUGUCCUGGACAAGUCUGGCAGUAUUAAAAACCACUGGAAGGAGAUUUACUCGUUUGUGGAGCAGCUGGCAGAGAAGUUCAUCAGCCCCAUGCUGAGGAUGUCCUUCAUAGUCUUCUCCACGCAUGGAAGCAUCGUCAUGAAACUGACUGAGAACAGGGAGGCCAUCACUGGCGGGUUGAUGGCUCUGAGAAAGGUUAUCCCCGGAGGUGACACAUUUAUGAACCUGGGCCUGGAGAUGGCCAACCAGCAGAUCCACCAAGAGAAGUACGGGACGGCGAGCGUCAUCAUCGCCCUGACGGACGGCGAGCUGAACGAGGGGCAGUUCGACACAGCCCAGCGAGAGGCACAGAGGGCCCGGUCCAUGGGAGCCAUCGUUUACUGCGUAGGAGUCAAGGAAUUCAACCAGACACAGCUUGCGACCAUUGCAGACACGGUGGAGCAUGUGUUUCCUGUGUGGGGAGGCUUCCAGGCCCUGAGAGGAAUCAUCGACUCUAUCAUCAAGAAAUCCUGUAUUGAGAUUCUGGCAGCAGAGCCGUCGAGCGCGUGCGCCGGAGAAAGUUUCCAGGUGGUGGUGAGAGGCAACGGAUUCCUCCACGCCAGAAACAUCAACCAGGUCCUCUGCAGCUUCAAACUCAACGAUACGCACAGCGUGGACGAGAGACCGGCUGAAAUAGAGGAAACCUUCCUGCUCUGUCCUGCUCCGGUGGUGGAGGAGGUUGGGAGGGUGAUCUAUCUGCAGGUGAGCAUGAACGAGGGCCUUUCCUACAUCACCAGCUCCGUUCACAUCACAACCACUGAGUGUUUCGACGGCACCAUCGUGUUCAUCUCACUGCUGGUGGUGUUCCUGCUGUUGGCGCUGCUGCUGAUGUGGUGGUUCUGGCCGCUCUGCUGCACCGUGGUGAUCAAAGAACCUCCACCUCCUCCGCCUCCAGAGCCAGAGUCUGAUGAUGAUGAUGGGAUGCCGAAGAAGAAGUGGCCCACAGUGGAUGCGUCCUACUAUGGAGGAAGAGGAGUGGGUGGCAUCAAGCGGAUGGAGGUUCGAUGGGGGGAGAAGGGCUCCACUGAGGAAGGCGCCAAGCUGGACAAACCCAAAAAUGCUGUGGUGAAGAUGCCAGAGCAGGAAUUCGAGCCUUACGAACCCAGGCCCCGAAAACCCCCGCGGCGGCGGCCACAGCAGAGGAGGUGGUACACGCCCAUCCAGGGGAAGCUCGACGCUCUGUGGGCUCUGUUCAGACGAGGCUACGACCAGGUGUCUCUGAUGAGGCCGCAGCCCGGAGACCAGGGCCGCUGUAUUCGUUUCCAACGGGUCAAAGAUGACGACACCGGUCCCAACAAGUGGGCUCCUCCUCGCGCCCGGCGCUCACCUUCGCCCCCCCCCCCCCCCCCCCCGCUCUCCAACUCAGUCCCCCGUACAAAGCCUCCGUCGCGGGGGCCCCGCACCACGCCGCCCCCCCGCGCAGCCCCUCCCAUGGCGCGACCCCCUCCCGGUCCACCCCCGACUCGGGCCCCCUCGGGGCCCCCGGGACCCCCGCCGUCACGCCCCCCACCCAGGCUCUAAGAUUGAGAGGUGGGCCUCCAACAACUCAAGCUCUGCAGCUCUGUGCCUUGUUGCUGGACAGCAAAAUGUAUUUAUCCGAUAUCAAAUUAGCUACUGAGAUUCAUCAAGGAUAACGUUUAUCAAACAAAAGUGGGCUUGUAGUUACUUGAUUAAGCCUUUAGGUGCAGUAUCAGAGGUCAUGUUGACUGAAGUGAUAAGAGCAAGUGGAAGCCUGUCAGCUCACUAGAAAGGAUUUAAGCGUCAGAAGAAAGUUGGCUUGUGGCGGUUUUAAUGGUGAUGGUCGAUGCAUCCGUUUACUCUGAUGUGGGUGUAGAUGUAAUGUGAAAGUACAGCAUGUGGUGAAACGAUGGGAACGUCGCAUGUGAUAGCUUUUUUUUUUUUAAAUGUAUGUUAGCUCGCUGCCAAUCACACAAACACAUCGUUUCCAAGCAAAGAACUUUCUGUAAAGGUUCAUUUUGUUGCAACUGCAGGGCAGUUUCUUUAGAUUUAUUUAUUUUAAUACAGGCCCUGUCUGCAUUGGUUUUAUUUUUUUUUAGUAUCAGUUUAAUUUCUGGAUUUAUUCAUUUGGAGAGAGGUGAAAAGUAUCUGAUGUAUUAGAGGUUUUACCUAACUUUCUUCUUGUUUAUUUUUAUUCAAUGACUGAAAUGAUCAUUUGCAUUAUUUCUUUAUUAACAAUCGUUUGUGGCCAUAUUCAAUAAACCAUUUUUAUACGUUG